GGGAGGGGGUUCCGUGAGCCACGUCACCUACCGACUGCACGCGCAGGCAGGCAGGCAGACCGAGAGGAACGCGCUCGCGCACAGCAGACCGUUGACUUGGCGUGAUUAAUGACAUAUCAGUAACAGAACAGCGGGUAUAAGGAGCUUCAGUACCGCGACAUUACACCGGAGUGACGACAGCAGAGCACGUUAUCGGUAAUCUGUGCUCGCGCACAACAACAUCACAGCUUAUUUACUAAACUUCAUUAUUGUUUAUUUCCGGGGUUACUGCUUAUUAACGCGCGAGGAUGAACGUGUUCCGUCUGGCCGGUGACGUGUCGCAUCUGCUCGCCAUCAUCAUCCUCUUCAUGAAGAUCUGGAGGUCCAAAUCAUGCGCAGGUAUCUCUGGGAAGUCACAAAUGCUCUUUGCAUUGGUCUUCACCACUAGAUAUCUGGACCUUUUCACUGUAUUCAUCUCCCCGUACAACACCAUCAUGAAGGUAGUGUUCCUGGCCCUGGCCUAUGCAACAGUGUACCUGAUCUACAUGCGCUUCAGGAACUCCUAUGACAGUGAGAACGACUCGUUCCGUGUGGAGUUUUUAUUAGUUCCUGUUGCUGGGCUGUCCUUCCUUGAGAACUACGCCUUCACCCCACUGGAGGUCCUGUGGACGUUCUCCAUCUACCUGGAGUCGGUGGCCAUCCUACCUCAGCUCUUCAUGAUCACUAAGACGGGCGAGGCCGAGUCCAUCACCACACAUUACCUGUUCUUUUUAGGACUGUACCGUGUCCUGUAUCUGGCUAACUGGGUGUGGCGCUACCACACAGAGGGCUUCUUCGACCAGAUCGCCGUCGUCUCUGGAGUUGUGCAGACCAUCUUCUACUGCGACUUCUUCUACCUGUACUUCACCCGAGUGAUAAGGGGAAGUGGGAAGAUGUCUCUGCCAAUGCCAGUGUGAUGAUGCGUCUUGGCUCCGCCCCUUGUGUGUUUAUUUCAGUGUUCACACUCCACCAACUUCAUUUCAUUUUGCAUUUAUAAGGAACAUUUAAUAGUAACUAUAAAUCCUGCCCUAAAGGAUCAGACACCAAGUUUGAGGAAAAACAGAAAUGUGCCUUAAUGUACAGACUUAUGUCUUUUUUUAAUAUCUAUAAAUGCCUUAUUUUUACUCCUCAAGAAAAGCACACAUGCAUAUGUCUUCUUCCUGUGUGUGUGUGUGAGAGAGAGUGUGAGAGUGAGUGUGUAUGUGUGUGUGAGAGAGAGUGUGUGAGAGUGUGUGUGAGAGAGAGUGUGUGAGAGUGUGUGAGAGUGAGAGUGUGUGAGAGUG